CAAUAGCAUCAUCAAAGCCAGAGUAGCUGAGCAACCCAUUGGCACAGUGACAAAUGGCACAGGCAAUGUGUGUGUGGUGUGGUUCAGCACUUCAGGAUUCUGUUUGCUCUGAGCUCUAUUCAGUACAUGCUGAAAUGGGGUUUGGAGGAUGGCUGAGAGCAGAGAGGAGAUUACUGUUUGAUUUGUCAGCAAGGGAGAGAGCAACUGCUUGGAGACAAAAAUAAAGAAAACUGUCAGCCUUACACCACAUAUAAUUGAGCCACUUCAGUGUGAGAUACUCUCCUAUGUCCAUCUCGCCUAAAAUAAGACCUCCUGCUGAAUGAGAGAUGCUACACAAACACUUGAGAGUGAAAGACUUCUGAGGUUUGGGAGAACAGUCUGUGGGAAAAAAAAGAUGAGUAACAACCUUGGGCUGUUUGCUGCAUUCAGAUAUUACCAUAGCAGCAUGUUGCCAAAAGGAUCCGAGUACAGUUGUUUAUUUUUGAUAAGAUAAGUCAGGCUCUUUGUUGAAUUUGAUGCCCGUUGGUAAUUCACCGGGUUUGUCUUAUUUUACUGCACAAAUAAUUGAGGAAUGGCAUGUUCCCGUGGCCUGCCACGAGGGAGAUUGAACAAAAGACUUCAGACUCCCUGUUUGCUUGCCAGAAUGGACUUGAGUUUGGAAAUAUCAGGUAUGUUUGUACCUUCACCUCUGGCAGUCCAGCACAGCGCAUGCUUUGUCUUGCUGAGGAACAUUGGAGAAUCUCAGAAGUACUAUUUGCACAGCUCUGCUAACACACUCAACAGGAGUAUUGCGUUGGUGCCCAGCCCCACUCCUGCUCUAAAACCAAAGGAGACAACAGCUCUUCUGUUCAGUUAGCCAGAAACAGGACCACUGCAUCCCCACCGGAAUGGACUUUUAACAGGACACUCUCCAACAUGAUCAGGCACAACUUCAUACUCUUCCUCACAAUUCACUCACAAAUACUAAACAUAUUUGAAUGAGCUGUCCAACUGAAACAAUACAGUCUGAGAAUGUAUCUCUCUCAUUCAGGAAGAAUAUCUUGAAGUUUUUAGAUCCUGAGAAAGACAUUUCUAUACUGAAGGGAACUCUGAAGCCUGGAGAUGUCAUCCAUUAUGUGUUCGACCGCAAGAGCACGAUGAAUGUCUCUGAGAACCUGUACCGUCUCCUGCCCACGGCCUCGCCAAUGAAGAACCAGCGCCACAAGCGCUGUGCCAUUGUAGGGAACUCUGGGAUACUGCUGAACAGCAGCUGCGGAUCUGAAAUCGACUCGUAUGACUUUGUCAUCCGAUGUAACUUGGCCCCAGUGGACGAGUUCACCGCAGACGUGGGCCACCGCACCAACCUGGUGACCAUGAACCCGUCGGUGGUGCAGCGUGCCUUCCAGGACCUGUCCAGUGAGGAGUGGCGUCAGCGGUUCAUUCGGCGGCUGCAGGACCUGAGCGGCAGCGUGCUCUGGAUCCCCGCCUUCAUGGCCAAGGGUGGCGAGGAGAGGGUGGAAUGGGCCAUCCGGCUUAUUCUCACGCACACAGUGAACGUGCGCACCGCCUUUCCCUCGCUCAGGCUGCUGCACGCUGUCAGAGGCUACUGGCUGACCAAUCAGGUACAGAUCAAACGACCCACCACAGGUCUUCUGAUGUACACCAUGGCCACGCGCUUCUGUGACGAGAUACACUUAUACGGCUUCUGGCCGUUCCACAGGGACCAUCAGGGAAAGCGGGUGAAGUACCACUACUACGACACGCUCACCUACGAGUUCACGUCUCGCGCCAGCCCCCACACCAUGCCGCUGGAGUUCCGGACACUGAGCUCACUCCACAGACAGGGGGCGCUCAGGCUGCACACCAGUGCCUGUAGUAGCCCUGCAGCUUGAACACCCUCAACCCCACCCCCUCUGAGAAAAAACCUCCAAAACAAUGCACAAUGCCCCCCCGGCUGGGGUGGGGGUAUUUAAGGAAGAGCACCUGUGUUUGUAUGCCAGCUCAGACCUGCAUUAGUUGGAUUCAGGGGGAUUUUGAAGAGUUUUUUUUGUUGUUUUUUUUUUAAAAAAAAAAUACUUUUUAGAGCACAGUUAAUGCAAGCUCACUGUUUGGGAGCUCUUUGGCUGAAUGUUAACUGAAAUAACUUUAGCCCCUCUUUGCAAGAGAUGGAUUUACAUUUGAAUGUACUGACUGCCAAAAAAGGGAUUUGCAUAGUUUUUGUUUGUUUUUAAGCAUUCCAUUGUCAUUGGAAGUUUCAGGAUGUCAGUUUAACACUAAAAUGCUUAACAGGGUACACAAAUGCUUUGGCAUUUGUACACUUUGACAAGGUUGUCUGACUGAACAUCUAAAUGUGGAAGUUGAGCAUUUGAACAUGCUGGGUUUUAUGCAACUCAACAAAAUAAUUGCUUUAAAAUAGCAUUUUGAAUCCUGUACAACCAUCUGACCUGUCUGAAGUUACAACAACUCCUGAGUUGAACUUGCACAAUGUUUACGAUUUACUCGUUUGGUGUGUGUCUCACACCAAACAUUAGAGAAAAUUAUAGAACUUACUGACAUGCAACAGUAGCACACUUUGAGGGUCUGAUUGAAAUGCAUUAUUCAUGAGCCAUAAAUGUCAGUAUAUUCACUGUUUGUAAAUUUCUUAAAGAAAGCUUAAUUAAAUGUUGCAGUUUGUUGUGCCUGCAAAGUGUACAUUUUGCCACUAGAGGGAGCUGUUUUGAUGAAAUACAAACUUGUUGAGGGCUCGCUUGCCAGCAGUUAGUGUGACGGGUCAUUUUAAACAAGGGCCAGUUCAGUUAAUUCACGAGGUGUCUCUUAAAUCACAUGGUACAGUAAUGUAUUGAUUAAAAUUGAAUGUAACUGCUUGUU